AUGGGCUGGCUGUUGUUAUGUGUUGUGGUAACUUUGAUAUUUUUAUUCAUUAUUAUAAUGGUGAGAACAAAGAAGCAGCAGACGCGUAUACGAGAUAAAAGGACGGAACCUGCAUCAGUUCUUAUUGUUGUCGGAUCAGGUGGUCAUACGAGUGAAAUUUUGAAGCUGGUAAAAGUUCUGGGUGACCACUACAGCCCUCGGUAUUAUGUUGUUGCUGACACUGACACAAUAAGUGAGCACAAAGUCAGAGAAGUGGAAAAAAUGAGAGAAAACAGCGGUCGCAGCAGUGAUUACAAGUUAUUUAUCAUACCAAGGAGUCGGGAAGUGAAGCAGUCCUACUGGACUAGUGUCUUGACCACCUUACGAGCUCUUGCUUUCUCUGUGCCCUUAGUUUUCAAGCUGAGACCAGAAGUUAUCCUAUGCAAUGGUCCAGGAACCUGCAUACCCAUUUGCUUUGCAGGCUUGCUCAUGAAGUGGCUAUGGAUCCAGAGGACCUGCAUUGUCUAUGUAGAAAGCUUCUGCCGAGUGACCUCCCUGUCCCUAUCUGGCAAGCUGUUGUAUCACUUUUCCGACAGUUUUUGUGUGCAGUGGCCAGAAUUGGUUCAAAAAUACCCAAAAGCAGAGUACCUUGGAAGAUUUUGA